AUGGACAACCCUCCUGAGCCUAUGCCCAAGGUCUCGGUCGACCCUCUUCCUCCAGCAGCAUCCCCAUCGCCUUCUUCACCACCAUCUCCACCUCUUUCUCCACCACCGCAAGAGCAUAUCGUCGUAACCAGUCAUGAAGGCUCGGUCGUUGCGGUUCCAGCAGCAGACCCAACACUCCAGAAGGCUGUACUGCCACCACCAUCUGACCCCAAACCCCCAUCGCCGCCUCCAGCACCUCCAGUUGUCGUUGCCAUCACUGAACCUGUUCCACCACCAGCUUCUCCUGUCGUUUCACCAGCUCCAGUCAUCGUUGAGAAGGUCAAGGAGAGCCCAUCAGCUGUUUCUGUUCCAACUCCAGUACCAGCUCCGGCGCCAUCGCCUGCUCCUGCUUCAGCACCUGCUUCACCUACUACGAUUGUCGUCGAAAAGAAGAAGUCCGACAAGGUUCCUGUCCUCAUUGCAACAAGAUCAGCCCCUGAACUACAACAAGAUUCACACGAAUUACAGGCCAGACCAUCGGUAUUGAGCUUCCGUUCGGCGCCUCCUGACACCUUCGUCAGACGUGAUACACACGUUGUGGUCAUUGAUCCCGCUGUCAACGAACAGCCGAAGAGACACUGGAGAGACAAGGUCAGAAAGUUUUGGGUCUCCAAGCUUGGCGUGGUCGAGACCGUCGCGAUGAGCCAGCUUGACGUUGGCAUGGAGGUCAAGCAAAUCUUGAGCGCGCGCGAGGUCAACGUCUGA